UAUGGUAACACCAAUGCGCCUGAGGCCAUUACACACUUGGCGAUCAUGUAUGCCUUGCGAUGUAUGAUCAAGUCAGACAUCCUUCUGAGCCAGGGCUGUCUGAGUCCAGUUGAUGUUACAAUCCUGGAGCCUAGUAUAAUAAGCCCAACCGCUAACAACGGCAGUGAUUAG